GUAAAAACAAUAAUAACAAUAAUAUGAUCAGUUGGUGCUCGUUUACCGCUUAGUAACGAUGUCUAAUCGGGAUAAACUUGAAAAGCUGGAUGACCUUAUUAAAGGUACCAUAGAAGGCCAGUUGGUCGAACAAACAGUUGAAUCGUUGCUACCACCUGGCGAGAAUUACGGAAGUGUCAUGUAUAAAGUGGAUUUCAAGGUUAAAAAUGAGGGAGAGGAAAAGACUUAUCACGCUGUCGCCAAAUGUACCCCACUAAAUAAGGUGACCCAGGAAUUUUUUAAUACUCAGCAUACGUUUAAGUCGGAAAUCGGUUGGUAUACCACGGUGAUACCGUUGUUAAAGAAAUGCGCCCAAGAUUACGGAUUAGAGAGGGAAUUGGACUUUUUCCAACAGUACUACGGUGCCAGGACAUCGUUGGAUCAGACGAGUAAUGCGGUGGAUAUUGAUGGAGUUAUUUUAACUGAGAACCUUAAAUCGAUAGGUUACGACAACGUAGACAGACACGUGGGAUUCGAUAAACCGCACACAGAAUCCUUCCUAAAAGACUUGGCCACCUUUCAUGCCGUACCUUUAGCAAUAAGGACCAAAGAUCCAGAAUUGUUUGAGAAACAACUGAAACCUUACUGUUCCACUUUACUACGAACGGAUCUGAUUAAAGACUUUGACAAUUUGUGGGUGCAGUACCUCAAAGACAUUCCCGAAACCGAACCGUACAUGGAGCGCGUAAAAAAGACGAUCCAGGCGGGAAACCCUUUUGGCCCCCGGGAGAUCCGGGAGCCCUGGGUGACCAUCGUACACGUGGACAUGUGGUGUAACAACGUUAUGGUGACAGGACCACCGAAUUAUAAAAAUAUCAUUUUGGACCUUCAGAUACCGCUCGUGGGCAGUCCAGCGGGGGAUUUGAUCUUUUUUUUGCUCACCUCUGUGGCACUGGACACCGUCAAGGACCAUCUGGACUAUUUUAUUAAAUUGUAUUAUGAUUAUUUCAUUGGAGACCUGGAGCAAAUGAAAGUGGACACCAGCGUGUUCACUUUCGAGGCUUUCCUAGAGGAAAUCAGAAAGGAGAUGGUUAAUGCCGAGUUCUUGCACGCCUUAGGGCAUACUCAGGCUAUUUUCCAGAAUAAGGGCGAGAGCAUGAUGGACAGCUCGGAUGAGAACUUUACCAUGGAUAAAAUCGAAGGGGAAGUGAACAAAAUGAGGUUAAACGAGAAGCAAAUCGUGAAAAUCAGAUGGAUCACUUUGGAGAGUGCCAAGAGGAACUGGCUGCUCGAAUAAAUCAGCAUUAAUCAUGACAAUUUUGAUGUUAAAUACAUUAUAAUAAGUAAAAAAAAAAAAUCUUGAAAGGGAACAGACUAUAACCCGCGAAGCCAAAAUCAAAGAUUUACUAGUUACAACCCCAUUUUAUUAAUAAAUUACUUACUACAUAUUAA